CAAGACUCACGUCGAUCCUUUAUCUACACCUACUGGCUUUUACGCGUCCACAGGUGUAAACAACGCGUCUAUCACGCGUCCCACCCCGCCUUCUAUGAGACGUCCGAUCGACGCCGAUGAAGCGAUUGAUGGCGAGCGCCCUCGCAAGCGCGUAAAUAUCAACAAUUCGGGCUCUGGAGCAUCUGAUUUGUUUGCUCCUGCGUCGCCGCCGUCGCCAGAUAUCAUGCGAGCAGGACAAAAGCGUAGGCCCGUGACGAAUAACUCGCUAGCGAUGUCUAUGUCCAUGUCUUCAGAUGAAUCAAGUCCUGAUAACAAGACUGCUGGUAGUACCUCCUCAAAGUCACGAAUUGUACGCGGCAAACCGGUUGAGGACAAACAACUGGUUCAAUUUCGGAUAGUGCAUCCAGGAGUGCUUCCUGAAAAAGUAAAUGCGGCAUACUACAUGUCUAAUAAAGACAUUCGGGCUGCCGGACGACUCUUAAUGGAUCCUGAUUUCAAUCCUUCAUCCUACGAGCCCACGCCAUCCUCGAGCCCAGCAGGUUCAGUCAAAGUGGUUGGCAAGGUCAAAGAAGUGGAGGAUGAGCGUGAGGCUAAACGCGCCCAACAGAAACAAAUUGCAGCAAAGUCCAGUAUAUACAGAAACCGACGGGUUGCAGAAUCACCCUCAGCGUCAACUUCGUCUCUGCCCCCGGAGCCAAGUAACGCAGAGCUGGACUCGUCACCCGUGAGACCUCGGGCGCCUCGCCGUCCCGUACGUAAGAAUGUAGUUGAUUCCGAGGAUGAGGAUGGGGAUGAGGAUGAGGCACAAAGUGAUGGGGAGUUGGUGAAUGAUUUCGAACAACAGGCACUGAAUGGCUUCAAUGAACUCGGCCCAGCGGCGUUGCAAGACCUGACGGGCUGCACACAAGAACAAGUGGAUGCGAUCAUCUCACUGCGCCCAUUUGGCUCAGUUGAUGAUCUUAGGAGACGCCUUGGUCAAGGCAGGAAAAAGGCGGGGUCAGCAGGAAUAAGCUCUCGGCUAUUUGACGAUUGCGUUGAAGUCUACGUGGGUUAUGGCAACGUAGACCAGAUUCUUCGAGACUGUGAACGAAUAGGGAAGGAACUGAAGAAAACGAUUGACGGUUGGACUGGUGAGGGAAAGGGGAAGGGGAAGGACCGUGAGCGAUCUUCGGCUCCCAAGGACAACUUGUCUGAGGAUGGGGCACUGAGCUUCGUGUCACUUCCGCGUGGGCCCUCGACGGGAGGACUUCUUUCGAAGCCUCCGUCGCUCCUGUCCCCCGAUGUGGUGCUUAAAGAUUACCAGCUUACUGGAAUCAGUUGGUUGCGUCUACUACAUUCCAAAGGGUAUAGUUGCAUACUUGCCGACGAGAUGGGACUUGGCAAGACAGUGCAGGUCAUAAGCUUCUUCGCACAGCUUAAAGAAGAGGGUUGUCUUGGACCUCACUUGAUCGUUGUUCCGGCUUCCACGUUGGAGAACUGGUGUCGGGAAUUUGAAAGAUUCGCUCCUUCUAUUUCUAUCGAGGCGUAUUACGGGAAACAAGAUGAGCGGCGGGCUAUUCGCGGCAAGCUGUUUCGUACGCAACCUGGCAAUAAUGAUAUGAAGGUUUUUACUCGGGAGGUCUUGAUCACAACAUAUAGCCUCGCAGUAGGGAAGGAGGAUAAAGCGUUUCUCAAGAAGAUACCUUGGAAUACAUGCGUGUUUGACGAGGGUCAUGUUCUGAAGAACUUUCGGGCGCCCCGCUACUCAGCUUUAACUCACAUCAAGUCAAAGUGGAAGUUGCUUCUAACAGGAACGCCCCUGCAGAAUAAUUUGCAGGAGCUUGUGUCUAUCAUGGGUUUCAUCCUCCCGGAUAAGUUCGGCAAGGAGGUAUCACAACACCUUCGAACAAUCUUCAAGGUGAAAGGCGAUUCAAAACAGCUUCUCAAUGAAGAACGUGUUAAACGUGCUAAGACAAUGAUGACACCUUUUGUACUUCGUCGUCGAAAGGAUCAGGUUCUUAAGGACCUUCCAAGGAAGACGGAACGUAUUGAAUGGUGCUCUCUUACGGCGUUGCAAAAGGAGAUUUAUGAUGACGCUCGGCAGCGUUCGCGCAAGGCAGUCAUGGUGACUGAAGCUGAACUCGCGGAAGAUAACUUAAACGGCUCAUUAGCGAAGAGCAAGCACAAGGGUAAUGAUAUCAAGAAAGACGAGAAUCAGGUGAACUCGUCUAAUGUUCUAAUGGAUCUUCGUAAAGCGGCGUUGCACCCAAUGUUGUUCCGUGUUCAUUAUACGGAUGCCAAGAUAUCGAUUUUGGCUCGUUUACUUAUGAAAGAGCCCGACUACCGAAAGCGAAAUUCCAGAAAGCGAACUGCUGACUUUGAUGUAGUCUUCGAGGAGUUGGAUUUUAUGUCCGACUCUGGGAUUAUAGACUGCAUUAGGCAAUAUAAGUCCACUCAAAAGCACCUCUUAGAUGAGAGUGUUUAUCUUGACUCUGGCAAAGUCAGGGCGAUGCUCAAGCUCCUUGAUCACUACAAGGCUGAAGGCAGGAAAUGCCUUAUAUUUUCGCAGUUUACACAAGUUCUCGAUAUCUUGCGGGUGAUACUAGACCAAGCAUCCAUCAAGUACCUUCUGCUGACUGGCUCUACGCCUGUCGACGUACGGCAAGGAUUAGUCGAUCAGUUCACCGAGGACGAGUCGAUUCCUGUGUUCCUUUUGUCGACGAAAGCUGGAGGAAUGGGCAUCAACUUGACGGCUGCGUCAGUUGUGAUCCUCUUCGACCAAGACUUUAAUCCACACAACGAUCGGCAAGCAGCAGACCGUGCAUAUCGCAUAGGACAGAAGCGCGAUGUUGAGAUUGUGAAACUUAUCACGAGUGGCACGAUUGAGGAGGAUAUGUUCCGUCUUGGACAGACAAAGCUUGCACUGGACGAGGCGGUUGCGGGCGACGUGGAAGAUUCGGAAGAUUCGGAAGAGGACUAUGGUCGUGAAAGGAAAGUGGAGAAGAUUAUGCGGGCGAGUUUGAUGGAUUCGCUCAGGAAACAAUUCGAAGAGGAAGAAAAUGAGGGCGGGAAGGAGGCGGGAGCAGCUACAGCGUCAACGAAUGGUAAAGAGGCUGUAGCUGAUGGAGGGAGCCCGAAGAAGUCGACUACAACGAUGGAUUUAGACUCGGAUACAUCGGAACUGACAGACCUAGAAGAUUCAUCAUGAGCACUGUGGAUACGAGGACGGUGGAUGUCUUGCAUUCUACAUUUGCAUUUUCAUACAAUACCUUAGAUGCAUCGACACUGUUAUAUUUGUGUCACAAGUUAAUUCUUUUUUUAUCUGCUUUCUCUCCUCUUUUUCUUCCUUCCACUCUCAGUUAUUGUGUACAAUCUGACUGUCGUCGAGUAUACAUACAUUGUUCUAACGCUACGGAGUUU